AUGCUCGUGUCCCCCUCCGGCCCAGUUGGCCUCCGUGUCCGGCCUAAAGUGGGCGCCCUGAUAAUUGUUGGUCACCCUGUCUCCGACCUUCCGUCAGGCCCAUUCAAACGCCGGGACGGUGUGGGCUACAGACCGGGACUGGCCGGACGAGUGGGCCGAGGGACCGAGGGGAGGCUGGCCACUAAUGCGCCAACGGAUGGUCACCGAGUGGCGUCAUUUCCCACUCGGAUCCCAGCCCAGGGUCUAAUUGACUUGCAUGAAAAAUACUACCAAAUCAUGCCCAAUCCUCUGCAUGGCUCUGGGUUAACAGCGAUUUCGCCUCGCGUACAAACAAACAAACACAAUUGCCCUGUUGCCUCCAAUCACACUGAGACAGCUCAGUGCACUCAACUUCCCACUUACAUUCUUGCGUGUGCCAUACGAGCAAACGAAUUGGCACGACGAUUAAAUUCAGUUACACACACAUUCACAAGAGCCCCACUCCUUACCAUCAAGCUCCACACACCCUUUCCUCCCGACCAGAAGCAUCAUGAGACAUUCUGCCAACCCCCUCGAAAUUGGACGGUAUUAACAGGCAUCUCUUAG